AUGACUCUUGUGGAACUCGCACCUCUUAUCGAGAUCAUGAGUUCGGACGUUCAUCGAAGGCCCUGCCUCCGAGUGCUCCACAGCGAGCAAAUUACAUUUUCACACGGCUUGGUGAACGUGUGCAACCCUGGGAGGCUGACCAAGCUGCCGGACCAUGACGUCGUGCUGCGCGCCGACAUCUCUACCAUCAAGGAAAGGCAAGUCACGCUCAUCUCGGGAGGGGGCAGCGGCCACGAGCCCGCCUUCGCCGGGUACGUCGGCGACGGGAUGCUGACCGCCGCGGUCUGCGGAGGCGUUUUCGCGUCGCCGGCGGCGUCGGCCGUUCUGGAGGCUAUCCGGGCCGCCUGCGGGCCCCUCGGCUGCCUGGUGCUGGUGAUGAACUACACCGGCGACAGGCUCAACUUCGGCAUGGCGGUCGAGCGCGCGAAGGCGGAGGGAUACAACGUUCGUAUGCACGUGGUCGCGGACGACUGCGCUCUCCCUCGCGACAAGGGCAUCACGGGCAGGAGAGGCGUCGCGGGCACCGUCCUCGUCGCCAAGGUCGCCGGAGCUGCCGCCGAGGCGGGACUGUCUCUGGAAGAGGUCCUAGCCGAAACUGCGUCGGCCUCUCAGAACGUGGGAACUCUUGGGGUCGCCCUAACCACGUGUACGCUGCCCGGUCAGGAGCCUUCCUCGCGACUGGACGCGGACACCAUCGAGAUCGGACUGGGAAUACACGGAGAGGCUGGCAUCACGCAGACGGGGCUCCAGACCGCUGACGAGCUGACCGACGCUAUGAUUUCCGCCAUCGUAGAUUCGGAGAGCCAAGGGGGCCAAGACUACUUGCCCCUGUCCGCGGACCAGCGCGUGGCCGUUCUCGUCAACAACCUCGGAGCAACGCCUCCGAUGGAGCUCAUGCUCAUCGCGCGGCGUGCCACAUCCAACCUCCAAGGGAGGGGCGCGAGGGUCGAAAGAGUUUUCUGCGGCUCGUUCAUGACGUCUUUGGACAUGGCCGGGGCGUCCGUGACCGUGAUGCGGGUUGACGCACUCUCUCUGGCCCGGCUGGACGCCGCAGCUGACACCCCGGGCUGGCGCGAAGCCCACGGCACCCGCUCCAAGCGACCGCCCCACCAACUCACACCCUACUCGUCGUCGUCGGGAGGAGGAGUGAGCACGGCCGCAUCCCCGGCGGGAGGUGGUUCCGAGACGGCAGCGCAAGAAGAAGAAGGAGGAGGCGUUUCCCCCGGGGAGUGGGGCGCGUUGGAAGGGGCUGUGAGGGCGGCAGCGAACGCGCUGGUUGCGGCCGAACCGGAGCUGACGAAGUGGGACUGCAUAGCGGGGGACGGCGACUGCGGGACCACCUUCAAGAGGGGUGCGGAGGCUGUGCUGGCCGAGCUCGAAGCGGGCCGGCUUCCCACCAGAGAUCUGCGCGCGCUGUUGCGGGCCUUGUCCGACAGCGUCGGCGAAUCGAUGGGAGGCACGAUGGGAGGGGUGCUUCAGAUUUUCUUCAGCGCCGGAGACGCCGCCCUGUCAUCUCCUCCACCACCACCAUCCUCAUCAUCACCAUCUCAAGAACAAGAGCAAGAGGGCGGAGGGGCAGCUUGGUGCCGUGCUUUCGUAGCCGGGGUCGUCGGGGUGGAAUUCUACGGGGGUGCUAAGGCGGGGAUGCGGACGGUGUUGGACGCGAUCGUGCCGGCCGCGGAAGUCCUCCGACGAAAGGGGCCCUCAGCGUUCGGGGAGGCCGUCACCGCGGCGGAGGAAGGGGCGGAGGCCACGCGGGGCAUGGAAGCACUAGCGGGGCGCGCCAACUACGUGGCCGCGGAGUCCCUGGAGGGGGUGCCCGACCCGGGCGCGAAGGCCGCGGCCUACGCACUCAGGGCGGUGUCGGAGGCCUUGUCGUCCGGAUGAUGACGAUAUUGACGAGAAUGGCUGCUUGCAACGGCGCUCUGCUGAAGAAGAUCUGUCACUAUAAAUAUAUCGUCGUGACCUGCGAUCUGUCACUAUAAAUAUAUCGUCGUGACCUGCUCUGGGACAGCAGUCCGCGUGCAACGAUUGCCCAUCUCUCUCUCCGAGCGGUAACCGUGGAACUAGCUCACCGAUCUUGGCGGAUGGCCGUGUGUUGCGAAGCGUGUUUUGUUUUGCCAACGAAUGCCUGCAGAGUUAUAUUGAAACUUUCAUUUACCAUUUAUUUUUCGAAUUCGAAUGAAAAUCGCGAUCGGGAUAUUUUUGGGGUUUUCCAGAGGGCACGUUUACUAUUGGGUGGGGUUGAAACUCCGGACGUGGCGGAAAAUGUUGGUGGUAUCGUCGCGUCAUGGGCACUACAGGUUACGCGCCUUGCUGUGUUUGGGGGCAGCGUAGCAAAAAGUGCGUGGUUCGGAGCUUCCGACGAACGUGAUCAUGACAGAGAACAAGAUACAUAGUUUUGAAGGAUUGACGAAACCAAUUAGACUUCAUCGGCGCAUUCUUGUUGAGCUCUUGUUUGUCGUGUUGUGCGGUUCUUGAUGAGCGAGAGGAGCACAUUGAUACUGCUGCUGUUUUGGCCACUUGCGGUCGCAUCCAAGAGGAGGGGGGCGGGGCGGACGUGGAACCAAGCUUUGCACCUGCCGACUAUUGUAGAGUAGGAGGGUUGAUGUGUAGGCUGUUCCCUGGACCAGUUUUAUCGCAUCUCCAAAGAUCCGGAAUUUUUUCCGUUGUGUACGUAGGUUUCUUCACGGUGUGAAACCUUUGCGACCUGAAGAAAUA